UGGAGUUUGUGUUAGUUUUGUGUCUUGUUUGGAAGUCCUUGUGUCGUCUGUCUCCGUGAUUGUCUGCCCUGGCCCUGAUUGUUUCCUUCUGUGAUUGCUGGCCCCGCCCUCAUUGUGUCCACCUGUGUCUCGUUCCCCGUUGUCCAAUCCUCUCACCUUGCCUGUGUAUGUAAACCCUGUUCGUCUCAUUCCCAGUGUGGCUUCGUACUGUUUGGUCCGUGUGUUUUGUCGUCCUGUUCUGGUUUCUUGGAGUAAAGAUUGUUUUUGUGCAAUAAUGUCGGCGUUUGGGUCCUCUCUCGUUGCGACAACCUGGACUGCGCAUGACACAUCCAGCUCUUGUGAAAUUGAGUGUGAACUCUGCAUCGGUGACCGAUACAUUGAUACCUACAACGACAAGCUGAACUGCAAAAUAUGCAAAAACUGUUUGAAACCAAACAUGGAGUAUAGGUUGCACUGUAACGCCACUCAUAACGCUGUGUGCACAUGUAAAGCUAACUACAGAUGCAAAGACCAAUCCUGUGAACAAUGUGUGCCGAUACCAUCCACCACCACCAAAUCCACCUUCCCUCCAUCCACUCCAGUCUUGAAACCAGGAGCCCUCACAACGGUCCGGACACAUUCUCAACCAAUCAGAGAUACGGUGUGGUUCGUGGUGAUUAUCACCCUCCUGUGUGCAGGAAUCACAAUCGCUGUUGUAACAAAAAUCAAGCCCUUUAUGUUCUGGAUCAAAUCCAAACACGGCUACCGUUUGGCUCGAGACUCUCCAUCGGUGCCAUCAGGCUCCGAAGAAGUAUCCACGCCUGUCCAGGAAGUGCUUGGGAAAUGUGAAAUGAAACUGUCUCUGCAGGGCAGUGAGAUCCAUUUACAGUUUGCAAAAGCCAGAGAUGGAUCUACACUGAGAGAUGGAUGCUGGGAGAAGAUGUGGGAGACAAUUGCAGGAUCUUGUUUCUCGUCUUCUUCACAACUCACUUCUUCGGUUAUCUUCCCACAUUCAAUUGUCGGUCCAACUUGGCCUGUAAACUGACUGAGCAAGAUGAGGAGGACCGUCCCUGGAUUGUGGACAUGGACUGGACCUACAGAGACCAGAACAGACCAAGAGUGCACUUAAAGGAAGGUUUUAAUUGACCUGUAAAGGUACAUUAAAUUAUACUUUACUAAGUCACAACUCAAGACUCAUUAUAGUAACACAACUGCAUCUUUUACAUGUUUUAUUUUCUUAAUGACGCCACAUAGUGAGCCAAGUAUUUCACAUGAAAGUCUUCAUUUCACUCAUCGGUACCCAGAUUGGCUGCUGACAGGAACGGUGCUGAUGAGUUGAGUUGGUUGUCUUGUGUGAAGCAUCUCUUUCUCCCUAAAGAAGAACGUGUCCAUCAGUGUGGUGCAAACAAAAGAGGAAUACAUUAUAUGGUAAAGGUUGGAAAUUAGCUACUUACCUUCUUGCCAGUGUUGGGCAAGUUACUGAAAAUUAGUAAUUAGUUAUAGUUACUUCUUUUAAAAGUAAUUUAAUUACUUUACUCGUUACUGUAUAUCAAAAGUAAUUCGUUACUUUUAAGUCUGCUUUUUUAAUGUAAUGAACAGUACUGAACAGUCAAACACAAUAAACAUAUUUUGUAGACCUAUU